ACCCCUGCCCCUCCUUGGUGGUGGCCUCCCGAACUUGCGCAACGAGAUGCUCCACUCAUGGCGGAAUCUGUAUCCUGGAUCCCGAUCUUCUUAUGAAUCCUUGUUGAUGGCAAGGAACAUACUACAUGGCCAAGUAAAACGGGUUAAGCUGAAUCGGCCCAGCCACCUUCCUUAUCUCAGCGAUUUUUUCUGCACCUCUGGUCAUACUCCGGGCGAUCCGGACGAACAAGUUGGUAUCACCAAAGGGAAAGCUAGAGCAAAAACGAGGAAGGAAACCAUGAAAGGAAAUGUAUCAGCGGCCACUGUAAUUGAAAAUAGUAGCCAUCGCGACGGGUCUAUAUACAAGAACUCUUGUCUCGACGUAUGUCGUGUUAAAAACCGUGCUGAGACACAAUUGGAGCCAAUGAUGUUAUCAGAUCCUGUUGAUUGCUUUCCUGAUCGGAGAAGGUGUUGUCUUCAUUUUGUAUCUGACAUGAUGCAAAUUUUCUCACUAAAAUUGGCUAAAGUUCCCAACAACGCAAGUUCGAUACAAUUAUAUGGAUAUAUAGCAGCACGGGAUUUUCUGGACAACUCACUUAAUUACAUUGUCAAUCGUAGCAGGGACAAUUCCUUUACGGUGCGACAGGGUUCUCUCAUUGAGAUGACUGGCCCUAAGAGGGGCAUCACAAUGACCUGUGCUGUUCUAGUUGAGUAUGACAUGAGGGUCAAGAACGGAGAGCAAGAAGAAGAUGAUCUACAAUUAAUUGAUGGUGCAACAGACUUCAGUGAAGUAACCACACCUUCUGUUCCAUUCAUGAAUCGCAUUAAUGGCGAUUAUGGUGCUGUUGACAUCACUUUAGCACGCGUUGUCAAUGCAGUGGAGGCGACAAUAGAUGUUAUCAUAUCAGAAGUGCAGGGUGGAUUCAGUUUAUCUCUCAGUUCGUUUGUCAUUGUCGGUGGGGUCCGUCAGGGAAUUGAGCUGUUUCAUGAUAUUAUUGGUGAGUCAUGUGUCCUAACAAAAAGGCAUGUGAUUGCCGUAGAGAUGGAUAGUUGGAUGCAUUUGAAGCUCAAAAUAGGUCAGAAAGGCUUUAAAAAUGAUGAUCUGGAACGUUAUUGUCGCUUCAAAGCAGACAUCCAUGGAUGUGCACGUCGACAAAUAAUGCUUGAGCAUGCCUCUAUCUUGCUGAAGGUGACUUGGUCGGCUCUGCCACCAUAAAGCUGUCGUGUUUAGUGUUCAAAUUUGAGUUGGAUUACUUGAUCUUGCAC